AUGGGAAUAAAAUUCAAAAAAGAUGAAAUAACAAAUCGAACGCUGUUUUUUCUCGUCGCUUCGCUUUUGAUGAUCUUGGGCUCGAUCUACAACAUCCAGUCUUUUUCCGAAUGCAAAGAGGUCUACGAGGAGCGACAGCUGAUUGAAGAAACUCAAGAGAGAAUUUUCAUUGAAGAAAAUCAAGAAAAAGAAGAUGAAAAAGGACAAUGCAGUCCAACAAAUAGUGUGGUUUUUGUUAAAACUCACAAAACUGCCUCUUCAACUCUUCAAAAUAUCUUCCUUCGAUACGGUCUGAAACACGAUUUGAAAAUCGCUCUUCCGAAAAACAGCGGCAAUAGAUUUUAUUAUCCUCAGCCGUUUGGAGAAUGGAUGUUGAAGGAGUUUCCUGAUGGAGAGAAGCCGGUAAUAAUUGCGAAUCAUUUGCGCGCAUCGAACGAGCUUUACGAUACGUUUCCGGGUGCUAAGAGAAUCACGAUUUUAAGGGACAUCCCUUCGCUCUAUGAAAGUUCUUUUGGGUACAUGAAAGAUACUUCCGCCCCUUACAGAAAAGCAGGAAAUAUCGAAACUUUCUACGCCAACCCUGAUGCCUUUUACAACCACCAGAACCCCGUUGGACCGCAUGGAAACGACGUCUUUGCCCGAAAUCAUCUCGCUUUUGACCUUGGUCUUGAGUGGACGAAACUUGAGAAGAUUCACGAAAGCAUUGAAUACCUUGAUAAGACACUGGAUCUUGUUGUUUUGUCGGACUAUUUCAAGGAGAGCAUGAUAUUGCUGAGGAACGAGCUCUGUUGGGAGUGGGAGGAUGUCCUCUUUUUCGUGACAAAUGAGAGAUCGGAGAAGAAACCGAUCUCUGAUGAUUUAGCGCAAAAAAUGCGAGAGUGGAACUCGUUCGACAAUGCAAUUUACGAUCAUUUCAACAGUUCUUUUUGGGAUAAAGUCGAAUCCUACCCGAAUUUUGAUGAAGACAUGAAAAUUCUUGAAACAAAACUCGAGGAAAUCAAACGAUUCUGCCUUGCUGGAGAAAAAGUCUGCCCGCCAAAUGAUAGAAGCUGCCAAUAUAACCCUGGCGGAGGAAUUAAACUCAAAGCUUUUGAGCUGUCCGAAACGGGCAAAAAGAGCGUCCUCUGUCAGCAUAUGAUCAUGCCAGAACUAAGUUUGAGCAAAAAAAUCUUCAAAAAACAAUGGCCAGGUUGGAAGAAUUUUUACGAAAACUGA